GCUGCUGAGAGCGUGACGUGAUAUUGCAGCCCCGCUCCUGGAGCUCUGCAAGCAGCCACUAAAGCGCCUUUUUUUCGCGUAUAAGCACGGAUUUUUCCCCCCCUUCUUCUUCUUCCUCUUGUCUCUCUCCUCCUCGCCAUGACCAGAGGAUGCUUUUUGACGACUUGGAACGGAAUAGAGAUGACGAAUGAACCUGUGGUGUUGUGAUAGAGAAAAACAUAUUUUUGGUGGUAAUUUUGUCUUUUUUUUUUGUGUUAAAAUCAGUGACGGUAUUCUUAUUUUUUAAUGUUUUUUUAUUUUUUUAUUUUUUUUAUCGUGGAUGGGAAAGCCUGUGCCGAUGAGGAGGAGGAGGACCGUGGAUACGAGCGGGCAAAUCGGAGUCUAACGCAUUUUUUUUGAAUUUUUUGGGGCUUUUAUCUUUUACAUUUUUUUUCCCACCCUCCGAGCAUCUUGUUGCGCCGGACUUGUGUGUGCGUGUGCGUGUGCGUGUGCGUUGGAGUAUGGGACCGUCGGAGGGCUGCAGAACUGAUUCAUAAAUAAGGAUGCGCUCAAGUAUGUUGGGAAAAUAGCCAUAGCUUCCGCGGGUGUAAGGCCAAAUGACAUAGGAUGAAGGCUGUUCGCAACCUGUUGAUUUAUAUAUUUUCCACCUAUCUUCUGGUUAUGUUUGGAUUAACUGGCGCCCAAGAUUACUGGUGUUCCACCCUGGUCAAAGGGGUCAUCUACGGAUCCUACUCUGUGACCGAAAUGUUCCCCAAGAACUACACGAACUGCACGUGGACGCUGGAGAACCCGGACCCCACCAAAUACAGCAUCUACCUGAAGCUAUACAAGCAAGACCUGAGCUGCUCCGAGUACUCCCUGCUGGCCUAUCAGUUUGAUCACUACUCGCACGAGAAGAUCAAUGCCUUGCUCAAGGUCAACGAGUCCAUCGUGUACCUCUGCGACUCCAAGAACGUCUACGUCUUUUUGCUCUACGACAAGAACUUCGCUCAGCUGCGGAGAGUUUUCCCCGCCGACUCCAACGGAUUGACGCCGCAGAAGCUGGAGGAGGCGGAGGAGGAGAAGUCCAUUGUGGAGUUCCUGGUGCUGAACAAGGCCAGCCCCAGCCAGUUCGGGUGCCAGGUGCUCUGCACGUGGCUGGAGAACUGCCUGAAAUUAGAAAAGGGCACCGUGGAGACGUGCGGCAUAGUCUACACCAAAUGCACGUGUCCCCAGCAUUUAGGGGGCGGCGAGUCCGAGAGCAUGCUCAUGCUCAACAAUGUGGUUUUACCCCUCAACGCGCAGACGGAGGGCUGCUUGUCGCCACAGCUGCACGCCGGCCAGGUCUGCAAUCUGAGCGCGGAAGUCAAGCGGCCUCCCAAAGAAGAAUAUGGAAUGAUCGGAGAGCAUACAGUAAAAAGUCAGCGGCCGAGAUCAGUUCAUGACACAAAGGCCCUGCAGGAGCAAGCUGAAUCUGCUAAAUUUAUGGCACAAACUGGUGAAUCAAGUGCAGAGGAGUGGUCCCAGUGGAGCUCUUGCUCUGUAACAUGCGGUCAAGGGUCGCAGGUGCGAACAAGAACAUGUGUCUCACCAUACGGAACACACUGCAGCGGCCCUUUAAGAGAAUCAAGGGUUUGCAAUAACACUGCCCCUUGUCCAGUGCACGGUGUAUGGGAGGAGUGGUCGCCGUGGAGUCUGUGCUCGUUCACGUGUGGCCGGGGUCACCGCACUAGGACUAGGAUGUGUGCGCCCCCACAGCACGGAGGCCGGGCCUGCGACGGACCUGAGACACAGACUAAGCUUUGCAACAUAGCCCUAUGCCCAGUGGAUGGACAGUGGCAAGAGUGGAGCUCUUGGAGUGAUUGCUCAGUGACCUGUGCUAACGGCACUCAGCAAAGGACCAGGCAGUGUUCGGCGGCCGCGCACGGGGGAUCGGAGUGUCGCGGUCACUGGGCAGAAAGCAGAGAGUGCCAUAAUCCUGACUGCACAGCAAACGGCCAGUGGAACCCUUGGGGUCCCUGGAGUGGCUGCUCCAAGUCCUGUGAUGGUGGAUGGCAGAGGCGAACUCGGGUGUGUCAGGGAGCGGCGACGACCGGGCAUCAGUGUGAUGGCAACAAGGAAGAAGUCAGGAAGUGCAGCGACCAACGCUGUCCAGCACCUUAUGAGAUUUGUCCCGAGGACUACGCCGUGUCAGUGGUGUGGCGACGUACACCUUCGGGAGAACUGGCCUUUAACAGAUGUCCACCAAAUGCCACAGGCACGACCAGUCGACGCUGCUCUUUGGAUCACCGCGGUAUGGCCUUCUGGGAGCCGCCGAGCUAUGCCAGAUGCAUAACAAAUGAAUUCAGAUACUUGCAGCAAUCAGAGGUUCAGGGGCACCUUGCGAAAGGUCAGAGGAUGCUGGCGGGAGACGGCAUGUCCCAGGUCACCAAAAACCUACUGGACCUCACCCAGAGGAAGAACUUCUAUGCCGGUGACCUGUUGUCUUCUGUGGAGAUCCUUCGCAACGUGACUGAAACCUUCAAACGGGCCAGCUAUGAGCCGUCUUCAGAUGAUGUGCAGAAUUUCUUUCAAAUCAUCAGCAAUCUCCUGGAGGAGGAAAACAAGGAGAAAUGGAAGGAUGCACAGAAGAUCUAUCCCGGAGCGGUGGAGCUCAUGCAGGUCAUUGAGGAAUUCAUCCACAUUGUCGGAUUGGGCAUGAAGGAUUUCCACAAUGCGUAUUUGAUGACUGGGAACUUGGUGGCCAGCAUCCAGAGGCUUCCAGCUGUGUCAGUGAUGACCGACAUCAACUUCCCCAUGAAGGGCCGUAAAGGCAUGGUGGACUGGGCCCGCAACUCUGAGGAUAAGGUGGUCAUUCCAAAGGGCUUCUUUGUCUCCCAAAGCGCAGACAUGGAAGGAUCGCCUGUCUUCAUUUUGGGAACAGUUCUUUACAAGACCCUUGGACUCAUGCUACCUUCACCAAAGAACCACACAGUUGUGAAUUCCAAAGUCAUUGCUGUAACUGUCAGACCGGAGCCCAAGGCCAUCCAGACCCACCUGGAGAUUGAACUUGCUCACCUGGCCAAUGGAACCCUCAAUCCUCACUGUGCACUGUGGGACAGCAACUUAAUGAACGAUUCUUGGGGAGCCUGGUCCACCAAGGCGUGUAGAACGGUGCUGACAGAUGCCUCGCAUACAAAAUGCUUAUGUGAUCGUGUGUCUACCUUCGCCAUUUUGGCUCAGCAACCCAGAGAUAUGACCAUGGAGUACUCAGGGGUCCCAUCUGUGACGCUGAUAGUUGGCUGUGGUCUGUCGUGCCUCGCCUUGAUCACGUUGGCCGUGAUCUACGCCGUGCUGUGGAGAUAUAUUCGCUCUGAACGCUCCAUCAUUCUGCUCAACUUCUGUUUAUCUAUUAUCUGCUCCAAUAUAUUGAUCCUUGUGGGCCAAACACAGACGCACAAUGCGGGUGUCUGCAUUAUGACUACAGCCCUUCUGCACUUCUUCUUCUUGGCAUCGUUCUGCUGGGUUCUCACAGAGGCUUGGCAGUCGUACAUGGCAGUGACAGGAAAGGUUCGAACUAGGCUCAUCCGCAAGCGUUUUCUCUGUCUUGGUUGGGGUUUACCGGCUUUAGUGGUUGCUGUAUCGAUGGGAUUCACCAAAACAAAAGGCUAUGGGACACCCUUAUACUGUUGGUUGUCUUUGGAAGGGGGGCUCCUGUAUGCCUUUGUUGGACCCGCAGCUGCUGUUGUGCUUGUUAACAUGGUGAUCGGUAUCUUGGUGUUUAAUAAAUUAGUGUCCAGAGAUGGUAUACUGGACAAGAAGAUGAAGCAUCGUGCAGGGUAUGACAGCACGUCCUUACAGAUGAGUGAGCCUCACACGGGAUUAACUCUCAAGUGCGCCAAAUGUGGUGUCGUAUCAACGACUGCUUUGUCAGCCACUACAGCUAGCAAUGCAAUGGCGUCCCUAUGGAGUUCCUGCGUCGUCCUACCUCUACUGGCCUUGACCUGGAUGUCCGCAGUGCUCGCAAUGACGGACAAGCGUUCUAUCCUCUUUCAGAUCCUCUUUGCAGUCUUUGACUCACUGCAGGGAUUUGUCAUAGUGAUGGUGCACUGUAUACUGCGACGAGAGGUACAAGAUGCUUUCAGAUGUCGACUCAGAAACUGCCAAGAUCCAAUUAGUGGUGAUGCAACAGGCGGCUUCCCUAAUGGCCAUGCUCAGAUUAUGACUGACUUUGAGAAGGACGUGGACAUCGCCUGCAGAUCAGCCCUCCACAAAGACAUGGGCUCGUGUCGUGCCGCCACCAUCACAGGCACCCUCUCCCGCAUUUCCCUCAAUGACGAGGAGGACGAGAAGGCUCCUGAAGGCCUCAACUACUCCACGCUGCCUGGCAACAUCAUCUCCAAAGUGAUAAUCCAGCAGCCUUCGGGGCUGCACAUGUCUAUGGGAGUGGGCGAUCUAAAGGAGCAGUCGCUUGCCGACAGCAACGCAGAGUUGCGGCGCGCCGUGUAUCUGUGCACCGACGACGCCAUGCGCCAGAGUGACCAGAACAUGGGGGGCCACGAUAUGGAGGGCCACCCACAACAGAGCCAGAUGAUGGAGACGGACUACAUCGUCAUGCCCCGUGCGGUGGUUUCCGGGUCGGCCACUCUGCCCGCACAUUUAAAGGACGACGCCAAGAUGAACAUCACCAUGGAUGCGCUGCAGCACGAGAGGCUGAUGCAUUACAAGAUGAGUCCCGACUUCAACAUCAGCCCAUCGGGCAUGGACCACAUGAAUGUGAACCUGGAGCAGCAGUACCCCAGCGCCCCAGAUCAGAUGCAGAACCUGCCCUUCGAACCGCGUACGGCCGUCAAGAACUUCCUCGCUGAGAUGGAGGAGAGUGCGGGUCUCUCCAGGAGUGAGACAGGAUCCACGAUAUCUAUGAGCUCCUUAGAGAGACGAAAAUCACGCUAUUCUGAUCUGGACUUUGAGAAAGUCAUGCACACGAGGAAAAGACACAUGGAGCUGUUCCAGGAACUGAAUCAGAAAUUUCAAACCUUGGACCGAUUUCGAGACAUACCAAAUAUGGGCAGCAUGUCAUCAACAAUCUUUGUCCCGGUGGAGGAGAACGGCGUGCCAGCUUUACACAUGCAGGAAGCAAAGACAGACAGCUUCCCUACUCGCGACCGGCCGCAAUGAAACAAAAAUAGGAGGUACACAAAAUAUGAUUAUAAAGCCAAAUGUCCCGUUUGGUAAUAUUUUAGCUUCAAAUCGGAAGGGCAAUAUACGCCCAUCAACACGGACAAAAUAGUGACAAUACCGUGAUCACUUGAUGGCAAUAAACAAAAAGACUGGGUAAAAAAUGCACUUUGAGAUGUUCAAUAUUUAUUUAAAUUACAUUUUUGCUCACCAAAAUGUGUCCAUUUAAUUUGUUUGUUUAUUUAUUUAGGAUAAAAAUGUAUUUACCUUCCAAUUACAGUACAAUGGUAAACAAUUCUACAAUAAUGAGAAAUACAAGUUCAUAUAUUUUUAAAUGGUUACUUGCAUUAUUAUUAUUAUAUAUUAUGAUUACAUUAUAAUCACUGUAUAAUUUUUAUUGGUUAUUUCUUAAUAUUAAGAGCAUGAUGUAGACAAAAGCUCUGAGUCUGUCUGCAGAAAGCUAAAUAUUUUUGAAAGUAAAUUAUUGCAUAUUGUUCUAAUAUAUAUAUAUAUAUAGUAAUUUUCUAUAUCGCACAGAGACAAACCCGCGACAUAUCGAGUAUAUUGAUAUAUCGACCAGCCCUAAAAUAUAUAUAUAUAUAAUCUCAAACCAAGAUAAGGGAGUGAGGCUCUACAAUGUCUUUCUUAUCCAACCACAACAACAUUACAGCAAGCUUAAGUGUCAACACAAGCACACACACUGAAAUGUCUUGAAUAAAUAACAAAACAAAAAUAAUAUUAUUUGACCUUGUGUCUGCGAAUAUUUGUGGCAUUGUUGAACACUCUGGAGUUUCGGAGUAAUAAACGAGCUGUGGCUUCACGUAGUCACCGCUAGCGUUAGCACAAACUCACAAACUAGCAGUGUGAGGUGAUCCUUCAUCAGGUUGUGUCCAGGUAGUGCCUUCUCCUCCGCUGUAAUAAAAGUCCGCUAUGGCAGCUUUUUUGGUCUCAUCACAAUUGAAGACUUGCUGCGGAACAAACCUCCCUUUUGCUGAAAAAACCCUCGAACUGAAGGGGCCACAGCUGGAGGCUAACUAGCUAAAACGCUAGCUCAAAGGGGUUGUCUAGCAACCAGAAGCUCUAAAGCAAGACUGAGAGUUUGGACACAUUUAAAGUGUUUCUGAUCAUGCAAAGUGAGAAAGGCUGACACAGCUCUGACCGGCGCAAGGUACGACACAUGUGAUAAGAAACUCGUCAGAAGUGUUGCUGGCUGUCCAAGCUCUUCAAAAUAGCCGUGCACACGUGUACAGGAUGUAAUGUCAUUAAACUGGAGGCCACAAUGGCCUUAAGCAGCAUGCAAAAUGAAUGAAGUGUUUGUACGCCGAAACAUGGUUCGCACACACGGGCAUACUGUAUUUGGCGCAAUGUAAACGUUCGUAAAAUGAAAAGGACGCAAAUAAAGGUGUUAGUAAAUCGAGGUUCCACUGUACUCUUGUUUUAAAAAUGUUAACAAAACCUUUGCACAACAGGUUACAUGUUACAAAAUCUCCUCUUGGCCGUUGAUGUAUGAUUAGAGUAAGCACGGAAAUGGCCUAAAAACUUGUUUUUUAAAAAUGUUUUAUUUUUUUUAUUAUUUAUUUUUUGAUCACCCCUACAGUUAAGGGGGAACUGCACUUUUUUGGAAUUUUGCCUAUUGUUCACAAACAUUGAGAGAAAUGACAACCAAUGUUUUUUUUUUUUCCGCAUUCUAAAUAUUAAAUGCGUUUAAAAGUUUGCUUGCAAUGAAGCCUAUAAAGCCCUCAAAAAAACAUCCAAACACCUCCAUAGAGGUUUUACUUACAUGAUAACCGGCACAUUUAUAAUAACAUUUAAUAUUGACGUAUUUAGAUUUUUUUAAGCAGCUAAUUUAAAAAACGCAUCACAACGUUUGCUUUUUUUUCCCUUCAUCACUGAUUAUUACUCACAGUAGACUUUAUGUGAGCCAACAGACAUAAUACAACAUCACUUACUGUCCGCCAAGCGUCUUUUCGUGUCAUCCUCGCUAGUUUCGGGUCCUAAAUGGCUGUCAAAGUGUACCAACUUGUCGGAUUACCUACUCAGACUUAUUCUGUCCAGGUGAGAUGCAUAUUUUAUGAUUUAGAAUGAACUUACAGGGAGCAAGGAAGCAGCUGAUCAGUCGAAUGUACCAUGAAUUUAUUAACGUGGACAAGUUGAAAAACUUAUUCGGGUGUUACCAUUUAGUGGUCAAUUGUACGGAAUAUGUACUGUACUGUGCAAUCUACUAAUAAAAGUCUCAAUCAAUCAAUCGAUGAUGUAAACAUAGGGACACAAGCUUGUGAUCACUUUGCCAGUAUAAAUAGUCCGUCUGUGUUAGCGCUUAUAAUAACAAUAUCACUAAUACUUGGUUAAUAUUCAAAUCCAGAAAGAGAAUAUUGUUGGCGGUUUUUGAACGGUUAUUUAUUGGACUUUAUGGGCGAAAUAGUGGACUUUUAUUGACAUUUAUUUAAUAUUUAGAAUGCAUUAAAAAAAAUCCAUCAGUCGUCUUGUCUUUCAUAAUGAUUGUGAACGAUAGGCAAAAUUCCCCAAAAAAGUGCAGUUCUUUUAAGCUUAUGUUUACACUUGUAUUAUAAGUUACAAUGUUUAAAAAAGAAAAAAGACACAUUGUAGAUUCGCCCUAUGGGGAAUCUACAAUAAAAUACUUUUAUUACUGACUUAUUUUUUAACACGAGUGUUUAAUCAAAACAAUUGUCCCUAUGCAUUGUAAUAUUCUCCACACUACCAUGACGGUCGGGUUAAGCACCUGUACAUUUAACGCAUGUUUUAAAAGUGAGAGGUUUCACUGUACGGCGCUAAGAUUCCAUGCGUUGCUUUUGAGUGACUUCCAUUUCAUUGCGUGGUCAAACGGCGAGGACGGCGUGGCGCUAACGCGGCGUCCAUAU